AGGACGGAAGAGAAGAGGUCUAGUUCCGGACGCGGCUGCCGCCGCCGCCGCUGCUACAGCCGCCAUCUGUCAUCUCAGCUCCAGCACCAGCACCCCGUCGCCCCUACCCCGCUGCCUGUCUCCUCGGCGGAGGCUGCUUCCCGGUCCUGCUACCUCUCUGCUCUAUUCUCGUCGCUAACUUCUUCCCCUACAUGGAUCUGGUAGGAGUGGCAUCCCCUGAGCCCGGGCCGGCAGCGGCCUGGGGACCCAGCAAGUGUCCAUGGGGUACCCCUCAAAAUACAAUAUCUUGUUCUUUGUCUGAUGUAAUGAGUGAACAGUUGGCUAAAGAAUUGCAGCUGGAAGAAGAAGCUGCCGCUUUUCCCGAAGUUGCUGUUGCUGAAGGACCAUUUAUUACUGGAGAAAACAUUGACACUUCCAGCGACCUAAUGCUGGCUCAGAUGCUACAGAUGGAAUUUGACAGAGAAUAUGAUGCACAGCUUAGGCGUGAAGAAAAAAAAUUCAAUGGAGAUAGCAAAGUUUCCAUUUCCUUUGAAAAUUAUCGAAAAGUACAUCCUUACGAAGACAGUGAUAGCUCUGAAGAUGAGGUUGACUGGCAGGAUACUCGUGAUGAUCCCUACAGACCAGCAAAACCAGUUCCUACUCCCAAAAAGGGUUUUAUUGGAAAAGGAAAAGACAUCACCACCAAACAUGAUGAAGUAGUAUGUGGGAGAAAGAAUACAGCCAGAAUGGAAAAUUUUGCACCUGGGUUUCAGGUAGGAGAUGGAAUUGGAAUGGAUUUAAAACUAUCAAACCAUGUUUUCAAUGCUUUAAAACAACAUGCCUACUCAGAAGAACGUCGAAGUGCCCGCCUCCAUGAGAAAAAGGAGCAUUCUACUGCAGAAAAAGCAGUUGAUCCUAAAACACGUUUACUUAUGUAUAAAAUGGUCAACUGUGGAAUGUUGGAGACCAUCACUGGCUGUAUUAGUACAGGAAAGGAAUCUGUUGUCUUUCAUGCAUACGGAGGGAGCAUGGAGGAUGAAAAGGAAGAUAGUAAAGUUAUACCUACAGAAUGUGCCAUCAAGGUAUUUAAAACAACCCUUAAUGAGUUUAAGAAUCGUGACAAAUACAUUAAAGAUGAUUUCAGGUUUAAAGAUCGCUUCAGUAAACUAAAUCCACGUAAGAUCAUCCGCAUGUGGGCAGAAAAAGAAAUGCACAAUCUCACAAGAAUGCAGAGAGCUGGAAUUCCUUGUCCAACAGUUGUGCUACUAAAGAAACACAUUCUGGUUAUGUCUUUUAUUGGCCAUGAUCAAGUUCCAGCCCCUAAAUUGAAAGAAGUAAAGCUCAGCAGUGAAGAAAUGAAAGAAGCCUACUAUCAAACUCUUCACUUGAUGCAGCAGUUAUAUAAUGAAUGUACUCUCGUACAUGCCGACCUCAGUGAGUACAACAUGCUGUGGCAUGCUGGGAAGGUCUGGUUGAUUGACGUCAGUCAGUCUGUAGAACCAACCCAUCCUCAUGGCCUGGAGUUCUUGUUCCGUGACUGUAGGAAUGUCUCACAGUUUUUCCAGAAAGGAGGCGUAAAGGAAGCCCUUAGUGAACGAGAACUCUUCAAUGCCGUUUCAGGCUUAAACAUCUCAGCAGAUAAUGAAGCUGAUUUCUUAGCUGAGAUAGAAGCUUUGGAGAAAAUGAAUGAAGAUCAUGUUCAGAAGAAUGGAAGGAAAGCUGCUUCAUUUUUGAAAGAUGAUGGAGGUCCGCCAAUCCUAUACGAUGAAUAGCACUAAUAUCCACCGCUUUCAGUGUUAACACAGUGGUGAUUGUCAGCUGCCAUUAGCAAAUGAAGUUAUGGGUGACUUGAAAUACCAAAACAUAAGGAGUGUACAAUGGUGCUUCUGUGCUUUUUUCCCCUUGUAACCCAUAUGCCAGGUAUGUGGAAUUUUUAGCUCGGCAUUGAGAGACUGAAAUGUCAACUACCUCUCAUGAUAUGAAUAGGAUAAUAUAAUUCUUAACAGCUACAAGUUAUCUAGCUGAAAUCAACCUGAUUUUAAGGAUUUGUGGCAUAAAAUGUUUUGAUGAGAAUUUUUAACAUUUCCAAAUACGGGAGGAAGGGACAGAUGUGUUUACAAGGGAGGCUUUUAUUACAACUUACUUGCUUUUUUCACCUCUCUGUUUUGUGUUGCGUCUUUCCUCAUAUAUUUCAUUUGCUUAAAAUUAGCCCUUCUCAGUUCUUUUUCCAGACCAUGACCAUGAUUCUAAAGGAAAAUUUCUUCUUUUUAGUAGCUGAUAUAAAUGGAAAUUUGGUUUCAGAAUGGCUGACAGAAAUAGACAUAAGCAAAGUACUUUUUUUUGGUACCUCUUGAAUUAUGAACUGAGUUCUUCUUUUCCACACUCACAUGCAAGGAAAGGCAUCAUCGGUUUCUGAAAGAGAUAAAUAUAUAAGUACUUUUCAACUAUCCAAAUUUUUUAAAUUUAACUUUCAACUUUUCUACAUUUAGGUGAAAUGGUUAGGAUGUAGCUCACCGUGCAGCCGCUCUGCAUUUAUAAUGAAAAUGUAAAGUAUCUAGAAGGACAGAAUGGAAUCUUUAACCAUGUUUGACAUAUUUUAAGGAAGUCAGUGAAACAAAGUUCAGUUUACAUUUCACUCACAUUAUAUACUUACUAAUUGAUUUUGAGAGAACUAUAGCAAGCUAAUUAGAAACAUUGUAUCAUCAAAUGAUGAAAAGUAUGUAUAAAACAAGUUGGGUACCAAAUUAACCAACUAAUUUGAACUAUCUGGCCUCACUUUUAAUAAUGUAUAGUACUGGCUGGGUUCCACUUCUCAAUGCAGCCAAAGUACAUUGGCUUUGUUAGGAUUGAAGCUCAUUCACUGCAACAGAAUCAUUCCUCCUAUUGUUGGAAUCAGAUUGGAAUCACUAAAGACCUAAACUUUCUGUCUGGUGGUAGAAAGUAAAAAUCUGAACAUUAUUUACACUUGAAAGCUUCUACAUUAAAAUUAUUUUAAAAUGCCAAAUAUAUUCUUUCUAGAAAAAUAUUUUUGUUUCUGUUGUAUAACUUUUAAUUGCAUUUCAGAGAAGUGUGAUUUGGGGUACUCAUUACAUUUCUGAAAUGUUUACCACUAUGAAAGAAAUAUUUAGAUGACUGGUGAUUAUUGGCUUUACAGAAGUUUCAAAGAACUAAUUUUAAAAACAAUUAACUAUUAAAUUUUUUUUUUUUUUCUGACAUACUCUGACAAUAGCAGCAAACUGUUGCUGUGUGGCAUUCUUGGGAGUGUGCUGUGAACAUGCUUUUUAAGAAAUUAAAAAUGAAGAGAUCGUUUUAGAAUUGGUUCUUUGUGUGGAUUCUUCCUCUUCCUUGGAAGUAUUGACUUAUGUCCUGGCACCAAGUUACCCCUUCUGUUUAAGUUAAACAGUGCUAUUUUCAGCAGGUUUUUUUCCUCUCAACUUCGCAUCUUUAGAUCUCACUUUUAAAUGACCUACUUCACAUUACAAACAGGUUUUUCCUCUCAUAUAGAUCAGAGUAAAUUUUUCACACAGUGGAAAAAGAAAGUGGAAAAUAUUGAUUUGCUAAUUAGUCAAAUACAGAUGGGGAAAAAAUGGAAAUAAGCAUAUUUUGUUUCACUUUAAUGGAAGUGGAUAUAUGAAUAUCUAUAAGAUAAAUUUUCAAAAUAAGGAAGAUUAUGUGUAGAGAAUUUUUAUUUCAACAAGAUAAUUUUUUGCCAGUUUCUUUUUUAUUAAAAAAAAUCAUCAUUUCUGCUUACAAAAGUAAGCCGUGCAUGCUCGUUUAUUUGAUUUUUAUUUUAUUUAUUUAUUUUUGGCUGUGUUGGGUCUUCGUUGCUGCACGCGGGCUUUUCUCUAGUUGCAGUGAGUGGGGGUUACUCUUCAUUGCAGUGCAUGGGCUUCUCAUUGCGGUGGCUUCUCUUGUUGUGGAGCACGGGCUCUAGGCGUGUGGGCUUCAGUAGUUGUGGCACGUGGGCUCAGUAGUUGUGGCUUGCGGGCUCUAGAGCGCAGGCUCAGUAGUUGUGGCACACAGGCUUUGUUGCUCCGAGGCAUGUGGGAUCUUCCCGGCCCAGGGAUCAAACCCGCGUACCCUGCAUUGGCAGGCAGAUUCUUAUCCACUGUGCCACCAGGGAAGCCCCGUGCAUGCUUAUUUAAAUUUAAAUGUUAUAGAAAUUCAGAAAUGCUAAAGUAAAGGUCCCUUGUAUUCCAAAAAUCAUUGCAUAUACUGGGGCAUACACCCUUGCCAAUUUUUUUCCCUCCGCAAAUGUUAUAUUCUCUUUAAAAAAAAAAAAAAUCUUUGAACAGAAAGUGAGAUGAAGUGAGGUAGCUGAUGGUGAAGUGAUGAUCAUGGUAAACCCCUAAGGAAGAUGAAGGAGAUGGAGGCCCUAAGAUAUAGUAGAGGCAGUACAUUUUCUGUUGUUGCUCAUUUAGGCCCUGGGCAUCAGAAGAGAUUGUCUGCACCUUUUGAAAACUUCUGAGCAGUUUCCAACACUUUAGAAAUUGCUAGGGAAAAGCUCAUCUGAUUGUAUUUUCAAACCUCAGUACUUCUAUUUUUGAAUAUAUAUAUUUUAAGCAUGAUUAUAAGUUCUCAAAGUUUAUUUUUAAAUUUAUUUAUUUAUUUUUGGCUGCAUUGGGUCUUCGUUGCUGCACGUGGGCUUUCUCUAGUUUCGGCGAGCGGGGGCUACAGUUCGUUGCUGUGCGCAGGCUUCUCAUUGCUGUGGCUUCUCUUGUUGUGGAGCAUGGGCUCUAGGUGCGUGGGCUUCAAUAGUUGUGGCACGCGGGCUCAGUAGUUGUGGUACACGGGCUUAGUUGCUCUGCGGCAUGUGGGAUCUUCCCCUACUAGGGCUCAAACCCGCAUCCCCUCUAUUGGCAGGCAGAUUCUUAACCACUGCGCCACCAGGGAAGUCCCUAAGUUCUCAGAGUUUAUAGUUGGAGGCAUAUCAGUUUAUUUAUUUCAAAGCCUCUUGUUUUUAUUCUUUGAUUUCAUAUUUGUUUCCUAAUUCAUAAAUAUAAAAUGGUUACAGUUGGGAGCAGCCUUACUUUUGCUGUCCUAGGCUUUCCAGCUUUUCCCCAAACAUAGCUAGCUAGCUUUUUGAGGAGUUAAGACCAAAUAUAGUAGAAAGAUAAGAACAAAGCAGAUGGAGGGGGAAGGUGGGGUAUUCAUUUCAGAAUAAAUGAGUGAGCUACAACUUAUAGCUCUAAACUGUUUUUCUCUCUCUAAUGCCUUCUGGCAGGGAAAGAACACAUAAUCAAAUAGAAUGCUUGAUGCAAAACCACAAGAACAGUAUCUGGGUAAAGUGCCAAAUGAUGAGCCAAAAUUUAUGAAAAAUGUGGGAAAUAUCAAAAAGGAUUUGAAAAGUUAAAUCUUAAGAAGAAACACGAGUCCACUGCUUGAAGUUUUAAUAUAUUAUUAUUAAAUAACAAAAACAGAACUACUCAUUUCCUAUUUCAUCUUUUUGAAGUUGAGUUAUAUUCGGAAAACGAUAAAACAAAUACUGGACAGAGUAAUUGAAGCCUUUUCCCCCAAACGUUUUCUCCCCUAAAUCCAUGUGAAGCCUUAACCCCUAUUAUGACAACUGUAUUUAGAAAUGGAGCCUUUAAGAAGGUAUUAAAAAAAUAAAAAGAAGGUAUAAAUGUUAAGUGAAGUCAUAGGGCCCUAAUCCAACAGGACUGGUGUCCUUAUAAGAAGAGGAAGUGAUACCAGAGAUCUCCCUUCAUGCAAGCACAGAGGAAAGGCCAUGUGAGGACACACAAGAAGGCAGCUGUCUGCACCCCAAAGAGAGACCUCACCAGACAUCAGCCCUGCACUUUGAUCUUGGACUUCUAUCCUCCAGAACUUGCUUGAAGAGUCGCUCCUCUUCCAGAUAUUUGAAGUAGCAAAACACCUUUCUUAUUUAGGUAACCUUUUUUGGUAUAUAAAGUUACACAAAUUCUAGAACUAAAAAUAAUGCAAGUAACAAAAAUUGAGAAGUAUGGGGGAAAGGGAGGUGAGAGGCAGACCAACGUGCUAAAUUCCUCAUCUUUUUCAGAGCAGAAAGUAACAUAUACUACAUGAAGCUGAUAAAACAAG